CAAGUUAAACAGUGUACAUUCAAAAUAAUAUCGUGUAAUUAACUAACAUACGUGAACACUUCAACUUACCUGCCGAUGUAACAGCGCUGAGCAAAUGUUUGCAGUUCUAAAGUUUAUUGGGGAGGAUAAAAUGUCGGGAGAAAGUGAGUUCACUGAGCUGUCGCAUCUCUUAACCGAACCCAACCUCCCACUGGAAACGUGCAUCGAUGUUGUUUUUAAGCACUUAUGCACCUACACGGAAGAAAGUUCAGAUAAAUCUCUACCAGCUGCCAUCCUAACGCAAACCAUCACCCUGAUUAAAAACCAAUUAAAAGCAACUAAUACAGAAAAAUCUAGCGAAGUCCAACAAGAAACGCUUCUCAAAGUCACAAAAAUCAUGGCGAUAUACACUAAAGUUGGGUCCGAGGGAGCCAUCCAUGCUGCCAAACUAUUGACCAAGCUCCUCAAGGUGAUCACCACUUCUUGUGAGGCUCUCGUAAGAUUUAUCUGUGCCGAGAUGACAUCUGUCAUCGAAAAGAAGCAGGGACAACAGAGGGUCAACUAUUACUGCCUUGUGCUAAAGAUGCUGCUUGGAAAGUGCUCAAUUAGCGAGGAAAUCUUUACGGAGGCCGUUUUCCCUGUCAUGACCAUUUUAGACGAUGGAGAAGAAACUGGUCGCAAACUGGUCGUCAUGUUGGGGACGGUGAAAAGUGUGCUGUAUGAAUGGUUGUUGCAAAGAGAUAUGAUGUGGGUUGGGUUGGAAAGAGAUGGGUUUUUUAAAGAAAUUUUGCAUGCGAUUGAACGUGAUAAAUUCCAUAUUGACCAGGACAAACUCCAUAUGAUUUGUCAACGUGUAUCUGACUUGGGCGCAGACGAGUUUGACAGCUUCAUCUCCAAUGUGUUUGAGUAUUUGAUCGAGUGGGAGGAUAAUCAUAAUUUUGAAACGCUGGGAGUCAUUGUUGAUUUGUUGGACGUCAUUUUAGGAAUUGUACCGGAGGAUGUAAAAGAGGAAAUCCAAACGGGACUUCAAUCCAUAGAAUUUUGGCAUGUAAAAUUACUCGUGUGUUUGGAAUUGUUUGGUGAACCCGGUGGAGAUGUUAUUGAAGAGAAUGAGAAAUCUGAUGACACGCUGCCUUUAGAAAUAUAUCUUGCCUUGAAGGCAAAUUCCUCCCCACCGGAAUCCUUGAUACAACGCGUCUAUUCAAUUAGAGACGACACAGUUUAUAAAUUCUGCACAAUCGUAUUACUAGAACUAUUUAAGAUUGACAACUUUACAACUUUUGAGCUUGAAGUGGAAGAAAUUAAUGAAAAAGUGAAAGCCCUAAAAUCCAAGUAUGGUUCAAACUGUGUCUCACGAAUUAGGAACUUUGUUUUGAACCAAGAGUAGACAGUGCAUUCCUAUCCGUAGAUUCUUUCGCCUUUUUGAAAUAUUCAUCGUAGUUUUGUGCAUAUUCGGUAGCAAUGUCACUCAUCAAUGGAUCUGAGAGGUUUGGUUCCUUUAGUAAGAUGCGAAUCGAUGCAAGUACCUAGUAGUGAAAAAAACCAUGGACUGUGUUCAUUAAAUAUUUUUUUACUAUAAAAUAUAAUACUUUCCUUUAUAAAAACUAACCGUGAUCACGUUAAGAGUCACAGACCAAUUUCCCAUGGGUUUCGGCUUAAGUGCAGACAGACAAAUUCUUCCCUCCGGAUCAACAUUUGGAUGAUAGACUUGAGUUAAGAAUGUAAUUGACGGAGGUAUGAAAGGAUACCUACCAGAUAGUAUUAACUAUAAUUAAUUUCUACCUUUAUAUACACAUAAAUACAAAAUAUCAUACGGUACGGUACAAUUAAACUUAAUAUACCGAUCUGGAA